AUGAAGAGACUCAAUAACUCAGACUCUACGGCUACUUCACUUGCCAUGUGCCCAUCAAAAGGUUUGAAUGGGAGGAAGGAAACUCAGGGUUACGGUGAAGAGUUUCAGGCAAUGUUAGAUAGACUAGAACAAGAAGACAGUAACGAAGAUUCUAGCUUAGUGUUGGAGAAGAAAAGGAGGCUGAGUUUUGACCAGGUUAAAGCCUUAGAGAGAAGCUUUGAGUUAGACAACAAGCUAGAGCCAGAGCGCAAGUCAAAGUUAGCUGAGGAACUAGGUCUUCAACAAAGACAGGUUGCUAUUUGGUUCCAAAAUCGUCGAGCUCGUUGGAAAACUAAGCAAUUGGAGAGAGACUAUGGCAUUCUCAAGUCCAAUUAUGACGUUCUAAAGGUUGAGUACAAUAAUCUUGAGCAAGAUAAUGAGGCUCUAACUCUUCAGGUUAGAGAAUUGAAAGGAAAGUUGUUAAGAGGUAAAGCUGAAAGCAAUGCGUCAACGAAAGAAGAAUCUCCCAUUUCAGAGGUUAGAGAUAGAGGAGCAUCAGAAAGCAAUUCAAAUAGUGUGGUUAAGGAAGAAAGCAACGUUGAUUCUCCUUUUUGUGUGAAUGGAUAUUUGCCCAGUUCAAGCUCAGUGAUAAACUGGCUUCAAGAUUCUGAUUCAAGAGGGGCUCCUGAGAAAAUGUUUCAGACUCAGUUUAUGAGAAUGGAGGAACAGAAUUUCUUUGGCAUCAAUGACUUCUGUUUCUUUUCAGUUGAUCAAUCCCCUACCCUGUAA